AUGAAGCUCGACACAGGCGCCCUACGCUACCUCACCACUGAAGACUGGCGAGUCCUGCAAGCCGUUGAACAAGGAAGCAAGAACCAUGACUUGGUUCCAACCCCCUUGAUCCAGCAGAUCGCCGGUCUGCGAGGCGGUAGUGGCGUGCACCGAAAUAUCUCCAACCUCGCCAAGGUCGGCUUGAUCGCGAAAGUGAAGAAUGCGAAAUACGACGGCUACCGCCUAACCUACGGCGGCCUCGACUACCUCGCACUCAACACCCACCGCAAAUCCUCCCACAUCUACAGCCUAGGAAACCAAAUCGGCGUCGGCAAGGAAAGCGACAUCUACAUCACCGCCUCCCCCUCCAACCGGCCCUUGGUCCUCAAACUCCACCGUCUCGGCCGCAUCUCCUUCCGCACAGUGAAAGCCAACCGCGACUACCUCCGCAAUCGCCAGACGGGGUCAUGGAUGUACCUAUCCCGCCUCGCGGCGCAAAAAGAACAUGCGUUUAUGAAGGUGCUGUAUAGAGAGGGUUUCCCUGUUCCGGAGCCUGUGGCGUGGAAUAGACAUACGGUCGUUAUGGAGUUCAUUGAUUCCUUCCCGUUGCGGCAAAUCGACAGUGUGCCGGAUCCUGGCAAGCUGUACGCAGAACUUAUGGAGAUCAUCGUCCGUCUUGCACAACGAGGAUUGAUCCAUGGGGAUUUCAACGAAUUCAAUAUCCUUGUUAAAGAAAUCCCGGACGCGAAAGCUGAGGGAGGGGUCAGGUUAGAACCGAUUGUGAUCGAUUUCCCGCAGACGGUCAGUACCAACCAUGUCAAUGCUGAGAUGUAUUUUGAUCGGGACGCGGCUUGCGUGAAGAGGUAUUUUGAGAGGCGGUUCAAGUUUACUGUUGAAGAGCCUGGACCGUUUUUCAAGGAUGCGAUCAAGGGCGCGGACCCGGAACGGAGGUUGGAUGUGGAGGUUGAGGCUAGUGGGUUUUCGAGGAAGAUGGCGAAGGAGUUGGAGAGGUUUGUUGAGGUUGUGCCUGGGGGUGGAGAGGGCGAGGGUGAGGUUGAGGUGGUGGAUGAGGAUGGGCAGGGAGUGGAUGAUGCGCACGAAGGGGAGGUAGAGGAUGAUGAUGAGGAAGUGGAUGAGGACGAGCAAGACCCGCAGGCCAACGAUCCUGAGAUGAUUGAGCGGCUUGAAUCUUUGAACGUGGACGAUGAUGUUGCGGUCAAACCAGUACGACUACAGGAUUUCGGGCUCGUGCCUUUCGAUCUACCGCAAGAACCAGAUGUGGUGGCUGCGCAGGUGAAGACGAAGAAGAAGGCUUCUGGGUGGGCAAUAUAG